AUGGCUAGAUACGAUCGAGCAAUUACUGUCUUCUCCCCCGACGGCCACCUCUUUCAAGUCGAGUACGCCCUAGAAGCCGUCCGCAAGGGUAACGCCGCCGUCGGAGUCCGCGGUACCGACACCGUCGUCCUCGCCGUCGAGAAGAAAUCUACCCCCAAGCUUCAGGAUUCUAGAUCAGCCAGAAAAAUAGUGAGCCUUGAUAAUCACAUUGCCUUGGCAUGCGCGGGGCUAAAGGCAGAUGCCCGUGUGUUGAUCAACAAAGCAAGGAUCGAGUGUCAAAGCCACAGGCUUACGCUAGAGGACCCAGUGACUGUUGAGUACAUCACGCGCUACAUAGCAGGGCUUCAACAGAAGUAUACCCAAAGUGGUGGUGUCAGGCCCUUUGGUCUCUCUACUCUUAUCGUCGGCUUUGACCCCUACUCUCGUGUGCCAUCCCUUUAUCAGACUGACCCGUCUGGCACUUUCUCUGCUUGGAAAGCUAAUGCCACCGGCAGAAACUCCAACUCUAUUAGGGAGUUCCUCGAGAAGAACUACAAAGAAAGCUCCGGCCCAGAAACUAUUAAACUCGCUAUCCGUGCUCUGCUUGAGGUAGUUGAGAGCGGAGGAAAGAACAUUGAGGUUGCUGUCAUGACACGGGAGGAAACCGGGUUGCGCCAGCUUGAAGAAGCUGAAAUUGAUGCAAUUGUCGCUGAGAUCGAAGCAGAAAAGGCAGCCGCAGAAGCAGCCAAGAAAGGCCCUCCAAAGGAUACUUGA